AACGCCCUCUCCACGCUGUGCUUUGCCUGAGAAGCCAGACUACGCAGCAGGUUGAUGCGUUUUCAGUGCCGUCUGCCAGUGUAGAUAAUGAAAGGCGGGUUAUGAAAUUUUAAAUCACGGUUAUUUUAUCUUUCAGUCUCAGAGCUCUAUUAAAUUACGACAGAAUGACGACGACCACGAACUUCAAGGGUUGGAAGCCGGUUUCCAAAAGCAGCUCCAGAGUUUCAAACCCUCCAGGUGGCGCAUCAAACAUUUCUUUCGGCACAGAUGAGGACAAACCCCCUGUACGGAAAAAUAAGAUGGCCUCCAAUGUGUUUGCUGAGCCAGAGGACCCCUAUGCCCAUCGAAGGAACAACCCUCCCGGGGGCAAGCCCACAGGGGUUCUGUGUGGUGAGUCCUCUGCCCCAUUGAGAAGAGGACUGAACCACAACGCCAACCACUCUGCAGAUCCAGCCAGCACGGAUGUGGAGAAUAAUGUUGGUGAUGCAGUCCACAGUACAGAACCCGAGGCCAUUUCGGAGCCGCCCAAGGAGGAGCCCCCGCUGGCAGAAGCCCCCGCCGCUGGAGCCACCUCCGGCCGCAGGAACCCCCCAGGAGGGAAGUCCAGCCUCAUCCUGGGCUGAGCCUCAGCCCGCCCCCUGCCUGGCCUCGUCUCAGACCCCUCGUGCCGCUCUUUAUUUCAUAUGUAUAUGGCCUGCUUGUUUUGAUACGAACAUGUUGCAACCCCUCAUGUGUCCCUCUGAUUCUAGCCGGAUCACGGAUCCCAUCCAGAACCAUGCGCAAUGCUCAAUGUUUUGAUACCUCCUUUCUACAUUUUUAUUUAGUAUUUAUUUAUUAUUAAUUUAUACUUUUUCAGAAGCACUUUAUGUAUCUUGAUGUUUGAAGCCUGUCCCCAUGGUGCGUUAGAGCUACUUGACAGGGCAUGGGGUUUACAUUACGUGUGUCUUCUGCCAACUAACCCCAAAAACGAACCCCAAUAUAUUUGUAGUUACUGCACAAGAGCAAAGUAAAGUCAUGGCAACCUGCUCAAUGCGAAGAAAAUCGACCACGAAGUCCAUUGCUUUUUUGCUGUUUUUUUGCACCAUGUUUAAACUUGUUCCAACCUGCAUGUCUGUGUGUUCUGUUGUGUAUGAAUAUGAGAAGAAGAAGAAGAAGAAGAAGAAGAAGAAGAAGAAGAAGAAGAAGAAGAAGAAGAAGAAGAAACUGUGACAAUUUAAUUUAAACUGCUGGAUAACUUUUGUUGUUUUUUGUUUAUAGUACAUUUAUGUGGUUUCAUUGCAUUAAAUGAGACUUUUCUACUGGUGUGUGUUCACACGGUAGCAAAAAAGACAUAAUAGCUGUCAUUCUGUCCUCAGUUUAUUAGGGCCCAUGUAAAGUGGGGAAAGGGAAUUGGCCUUUUGUAUUUUCUCUUUCCCCUAGAAUAGCCUAUUUUAACCUCAGUGCCAGUUGUUCAUGACAUGUGUUUUUAUAGGUGUGCCCUAACUAUAACAAUUGGUGCCAGGAUGUGUGAUACAGGCUACAAAAUCAAAACUGUAUUGGGUUUCCCAAAAGCACCAUGACAAUGCUUGUCCCUUCAUCCCAAUUAAUUGAAGUAACAAUCUGCCAGAAAGGGCUGAACGUUUCUGGAAAACUUAGCCCGGAUUUGACAAGUGACCUUACGACAGCUCAGCCUUUUUAAGUGUUUUCCCUCGGCUCCAAAAAAGGUCUUCUGUUUCUCACCAACCCUAGCUCAUUGUUGGUGCAACACUCCUUUGGUAAAUUAUCUGUGGUUUUUCAUUACCUGAGGCUUACAAACCAGAGGUCGUUUUCAUUCCAGUUUGUGUCAGUCCGUCACGGGCCAUCAGUUAUUCAUGAGACGCAACAGGUUAAUAAUGAGGGGUAAAUGAAAUGUGGCAUAGGUAAAGGAAAGUACUGUGGACUCUUUGCAUCCUAUGUCAAUUCAAUGCUGGAUGUGAUCAUUACAAAAAAAAGAUUGGCACGUUGAAAAAUAAAUGUAAUUUCUGAUCAGCAUUUAUUUCUUCAAGGAGUUUUUUGUUUCGCUCUCGGUUUAACGGGGGCAGGCUGUAUGGGGGUUGGUACUACCGCGUAUUCAUAACGAAACCAAAAAUAUAGCGUUACAGUGAACAUCGGUCUCAACACGAACGGCUGCUUGCGGGAAAACUGCUUCUAUUGAACAGAGAUCAUGGCCUCUUGGACAUGCUUGCUGUUCUUGACCCUUUUCCGCAUCACUUCUGAAUUUGUUUGCACACUGGAGUGUAACCAGCACAGCCAUGGAUGGUUAGGCCAGCAGUCAUUAUUGGAGUGCAUUGUGAAGGGAACGGUGCCGAUCGAGAGGGUCACAGCGAUCAGUUGGAGUAUUGGAACGACCCGUUUAAUAGAAUACCAAGAUGGUAUCUUCACAUCUAAACAAGGCUUUACAUUGGCCGAACCAAGUUGGAAUGAGACCAACAUGAAUGUCUCGAUGCUUUUGAACAAAAGCAUGAAGGCAGACAUUGGAAACUACGAGUGCACAGUGAAUACCAAUCGAGGCAUUUGUAGCAACUCAACCACCCUUGAUCUCUCAGCCAUCGAUAGCCGUCCGACCAUCGGAGUGACUGAAAGCCUCCAGAAGUUUUCGACUCUUUCCUGCAAUGAUGGUGGCUGUGAUCCGGAUCGGAGAAUCGCUCCACAUCCAGAAUCACAAUUGGCCUACAAAGUAGUACCCCCUGUGGUCGUGGUUUUACUGAUCAUAGGACUGCUGUUCUUCCUGAAAAGACAAUGCAAUAAACGUACACAUCAAGAAAUUCCCACAGACAACCAUGAAAUGGCGAACAUCAACCACACCAGGUCUGAGGGACUGUGCCAAACUGUUGUCUAUUGAAAACAAAGAGCGAGUGAGAGUUCCUGGAGGAAGAGUUACAUUUAAUGUAAUUUUGCAACCAAUGCUAAUUUCAUGCAGCAUCCAAAGAAAUUCCUCAGUUCUCUAACUAACUAAUUGUAACUAAGUGUGCAGCCUUUAUAACAUCCAAAGGGUGUGUUGACACGGCUUGGUAGCACAAUAAGACAAGACAACCACAUUUUUCGCCAAACCAGUCCCAACUCUUCGAAUGAAAUGAAUAACCUAAGUCUAAAAUGAUCUCUUCAAGCUAAAAAGGAUGUAUGUUACGAUGAAGAAUUGGAGAGAUACAACAUCAAUUAACUGAUGAUGACAUCUGCACUUAAAAUGAGCAGAAUAAUAAUUUUUACUGAACUACUUUCUAAAAAUCUUUAAUACUAAAACACCAGAUAAAUAAGUUUGUAUAAUAUUAAAUGUAAAUACUUAGUUGGUAUAACGUAACAUCAGUCUAUGUAAAAAAAACAUUAGCACUUGUGUUGUAAUUUUUUUAAAGGAUUUUGUUUGGAUGUAAAAGGAAGCACUGUUAGCUCCCGACGAGCUGGCUGUCGCCUUGCAUGGUUGACUCCGCCGUCGGUGCGUGAAUGUGUGCGUGAAUGGUGAAUGUGAGGCAAUAUUGUAAAGCGCUUUGAGUGGCCAAUGGUUAGAAAAGCGCUAUAUAAAUGCAGUCCAUUUACAUUUGAUGCUAUUUUUGAAUCACUGUGACACUAUUUUAACAAUGUUUAAAUGCCAGCGUUUGUAGCAAGCUCAAAGCCUGGUUUGACCCGCUUCUGAACAGAUUGUGAUGACCUUUAAGGACAGAGAUGUAAAUACUCCAUUUGCCACAAAUGCAAUAGCUUAACAGAAAAAAAUGAAUGGAAUGUGAAAUCAGUUUCUGCAAGGGUAAUUUGUUGUGCAGGAAAAAAACAAAUCAGGAGACUUUUGUGAAUGUUUAACUAAUUAAUUAAACAGAUAUAUAAAUAU